AUGGUGCCAGACUCUAUUUGUAUCAUCGGAGCAGGUGUUUUUGGCCUGUCAACGGCAAUUGCGCUCGCUAAGCGCUACCCCAACGUGAAAGUCACCGUUGUGGACCGGUUUGAGCCUCCUGUGCAGGACGCCACAAGCGUCGACACCACCCGGUGUCUUCGUGUCGACUACAAGGAUCCCGUGUACGCAAAGCUGGCAAAGGAGUCGCUCGAGAUUAUCAAGGCAGACCCGGAUAUUUCGCCGUUUUUCCACCAGACGGGCAUGUCGUUUGUCUACGACGGUGGGAACGACAAAUGGGCCGACAUCUGGAUCAACGGCAAGAUCUCGGCUGAAAAGUCCAACAGCGACACCCCUGGUAUGAUGAAGUACUACGAUUCCCCCGAGGAAGUGUACAAGAGCAUCCACACGGUCGCGAAGACCCCCACCGUUAGUCACCCCACCUGGCUUAAAGGGUACACCAACUACUCGAACGGGUUUAUCGACGCUGAGCGGAGUGUCAAGGCGUACUACGAGCGGGCCAAGAAGCUUCCGUCGGUGAAUUUUGUGUUCAAGCCUGUUGAGCAGCUGCUUUUCGCCAGCGGCACGAACACAGCGGAGGGGGUACUUUUCGGGGACGGCUCUCUUCUCAAGGCGGACCUCGUGAUUGUGGCUGCGGGGGCAUGGAGUUGCAAACUGGUGGAUCUGGAGGGGGUGUGUUUUUCCUCCGCCAUCGAAGUUGCCUGGUUCAAAGUGACACCCGAGGAAGAGGAGCAGUGGAAGAACAUGGCCAUCACCACGAACUUGUCCACGGGAAUCAACCUGUUCCCACCGUACAACGGCGAAAUCAAGUGUCUGCGGCGGUCGCCUGGCUACCGCAACACGCAGGCCGUCCCCCACCCGGACCCAGCGAAAGACGAGUCCAUUUCGAUCUCGUACCCUAGAACCAUCAUCGACCACCCAGCAGACUGGAUCCCCCAGGACGCGGAAGACGCCCUGAGGCACAAUCUUGCCGAGAUCAUGCCGCCGCUGGCCGAAAGACCGUUCGACAGAACCAAGCUGUGCUGGCUCACACAAACGCCUUCGGCGAAUUUCAUCAUCGACCACCACCCUGCCCUGCAAAACGUGGUGCUCGCCACGGGAGGCUCUGCGCACGCGUGGAAGUUCGUGCCGAUUCUCGGCGACAAGGUGGUCGACUUGCUCGAGGAUAAGCUCGACCCGGUGCUGAAGGAUAUGUGGUCGUACGCAGAGAAGCUGAGACCCACCACAGACAACGGCAGCGCUCCACGGAUGGACGGCCAGCCACAAGAGUUGGUCUCCGUGGUUAGAAAUAAGCCAGUCAAUUAG